UUGCGAGCUAGGUAGCCAGCCCGCUAUACGUUUGUUUACAUUACGUGCUGGAUGGAUUUAGCUUAGGUGGCUGUACAAAAACCCUAACUUCCAUGUUGCAGAAAUAGUGAUCUAAGCGUUAAUUUGUGAUCGCUCGGCAAGCUGCGCAGAUGCAGUUGAGAUGUUUCGCUGUCCCGGCAUAAAUGCUCUGCAGUUAUAGUUCACCAAUCCAGCGACAUCGGUGAAUUGGGGAGGCUUCCUCUGAAGUGAAAGAGAGAAGAGAGGAAGAGGAGGCUCCUGGCCCGGUGGUCCUGCCCGGCACUGAGGUACCAUGGGCCGGCUGGACGAUGCAGCCAAGCGCAAGGUGGUGGAGCUGCGGAAGGCUGGGCUCAGCUUCCGGAAGAUCAAGGCCGUUCUGGAGCUGGAGAACAUCAAGGUGUCUGCCCAGGCCAUCUACCUCUUCCUGAAGGAGUUUCAGGGCAAGUCCAGGCCGGAGGAGGGCGGCAGCGGGGGAGGGGGAGGCGGGGGAGGUUGCGCCCCUGUGUCCGCUGACGCUAGCGACGGUGCGGGGAGGCCGGUGGGCUGGCCCGAGCAGCAGGUGUGGAGCCUGAUGAGAGAUGUGUCCCGCUCCUCCGGCUACGCCCCCUUGCUGGAUUCGGCGCAGCAGGGCGGGACCCCCCGAGGGGGGGCGGCUGGGCGGCCUCCGGGAGGGACGGACGGGGCGGGCCGCUCGGAGCAGCUGGGAGGGAGGAAGGAGGAAGGCAUCCGGAUUGUCAGCGUCACUUCCCUCGCCCGCGGGGCCCAGCACGGCGGCCCACAGAUGGCGGGGGCGGUGCCCGGGCCCGGCAUUCGCAGGAAGGUGCCGAUGUCACCAGCCUCCAGCUCCAUCAUGGUCGCUCGCAAGAGACUGCUGGAUAAGGCGCUGCUCCACAAGGCCAGGAUGAGAGAGAUGGCUGCUCAGUCUGGCCAGCAGGCGGGGCCGUUAUACGGGCGAGGUCAGGCUUGUUUCCAGGGCAACGAUGCUAGGAAAGUCACUGUGCUACCUCCGUCUCCGAACCUUGGCUUGACCUCCCCGAGACCCCCACAGGCUAGGAGGGGCCUGGAGGGACAGCCGGUUUCCUGUCUUCCCAGAAGGACACUCCAGCAGAGGGUCAGCCUGCCUGCCCGUUCCCUGCACCCAGCCCUCCAGAGAGACCCGCCUUCCUGCACCGCCAUCAGAAUAUCCAACCCAGCACCGGCGCCCCCUGCUGGCCAGGGCACCACAGCUAUAGCCAGGGCUCAGCACCCGCCUAACCCGUCCCCGAGGAAAGACCCCAGCCCCAGCCCCAACCCCAACCCCAACCCGAGCGGCGGGCCCCCGCGAACGCCCCCAGAGGCAGGGUGGAGGGGCGGGCUGCAGGAGCAGAUGCAGACACUGGGGGCGGAGCUGCGUGGGCUGGGCCUGGCGGUCAGGCUGCUGACGGAGCAGCAGAGCCGGCUGGAGAGGGAGCAGGCCCAGCAGACGCAGAUCCAGAGGCAGAUCCUCAGCACGCUGCAGGCGCUGGCCGCCAGCCUCCAGCAGGCCAAAACCCCGCCUCCCCCUGGCCCCUCCCCCUUCGGCCAGGACGGCCACGGCCCCGCCCGCGCCGCCUACGCCCAGUGCUCCCAGCCACCCUGCGCCAAGUACUGCGAGCUGGACGAGUCGGGCCUGGAGUCGCUGGAGGCCUACAAACUGCCGGGGCUGAGCCCGCCCAGGAUGAACGGGUUCCAGGGGUGUGGCGCGGCCGACGCCCUCCCGCUGGGCUCCGCCCAGGCUCACACGCCCUCCUACACGGACUCGCCCGCGCCGUCCUUCACGCACUCCUACAGCCCCGCCUACACGCAGUCGCACGCGCCCGCCUACAGCCAGGGCCACGCCCGCCCCUAUGCCGAACCGCAUAGUGGGGGGGCGGGGGACUACCCCGUCACUGCCGCGGGCGACCCCCUCCCGGGCUGCAGCCCCUCUGCCAAUAUACCCCCCGUGAACCCGGACUCCCCCCUGCCUCUGUCCCCUCACAACCCCCAGCUCAACAUCAUCAAAGUGGAGGCUCUUUAA